UAUAGUUUCCGAGAUCACAGCGUUCAUACGGACAGCGGACAGACGGACAUGACUAGAUCGACUCGGCCACAUACUUUAUAGGGUUGGAAACGCUGUUACAUACUUUCCGACGAAUCUAGAACACCACCAUAGUAUAUCAAACUAAAUAAAUGUUUUAAAACAAGAAAUGCCUCGAAUACUGUAAUCUCCGUGCGUCUGUUGGUUAUGAUCUUGAAAAGAACAAAAGCUAGAAUGUUGGUAAGAAUCGUACAAAUCGUGUUGUUAUUUUUAAUGCUAUGACUAAGGUAUAUAUUAGUUGAACCAUCAAAAAAAAACAAAAAGUAGUUAUUUUAUUAAUAAUUAAAUAGUAAUUGUUAAUCAUAAUGCAAGAAUUUUUGAACCAUGAUUAGUAUUCAUGUGUGUUUAGCAGAAUAAUCGUAAGAAUUCAAUCAGUCAUCAGGCAUUAUGCUAAACGCGGGCAAUGAUCAUCCAGUUAUAUAAUAAAAUUAUUAAAAUCCGCUUACUGUCAGUUGCAAAAAUGAGCUCCGCGGUACUGGUUUUUCUGGGCAUCUGCUUGGCUUGGCAAAUGGUGGAGGCUCAGUUAGUUUACAAGCUCACCAAAGUAGAGUGCCAAGUCAAUCAGACGCGUGUUAGCAACUUCUCUUGCCACUUGAAGGCGAUCAAUUGGAAUUUGGCGUUGUUAAACAUGGAUGCCUUCUUGAUUAUCCCUGCACUGAAUCCAGUUGUUCGAGCGCAGGUUUUUAAGAAGGAUUACAGUAACCAGUACAAGCCCUUCCUAGUUGACGUUUCCAUCAAAAUAUGCGAGGUGAUUGAAAAAAGGAACUUCAUAACUUAUGGCGUCAUGUUAUGGAAGAUUAUGAAGCGUUUCACUAAUGUAAACCACUCCUGUCCCUUUUCGGGACCGUUAAAAUCCCGCAAUGGAUAUCUAGAUACCAGUCUUCUUCCGCCUUUUCCCCAAGCAUUUUACCAAGUCAGUUUGAUAGUUGUGGACUUAAAUUCUACAAAUAAGGACUAUAUAGGAACCAUGAAGUUCUACCUACAAGUCAUGGAUCAGAUUAAAAUCAAAAAAAUUCCGAAAGCAUAGUUUUUGGGACAGAUAGGAACGUGAGAAUUC